UCUGCCAGGUUGAGAAGGGAAUGUGAAAGUGAGAAAUUUAACAAGGUAACCAGGAAACCGGACAGCCAGAGCGACUUCCAAUCCGAUGGAGCUUCAGAAGCCGUAACUUUCUUUGACAAAAGAGAAGACUUGUUACGACAGCGUGUCAAGUUCAGGUUUGUUGUUGCUUUAAAAAAGCUUCACAGCGUCCUGUCUUUGCAGUGGAGGUUAAAAGGUUGUUGGUGGACAGUACAAUGAGAGAAGAGGUGUCCUGCACAAACUCCCCUGAAGGAGGUCUGGGGGCCAGCGAAGAGGAACUGGAAAGAGGAUCGAAGAAGACUCACCAGCAAGGAAAUCGAAAACGUUCCCCUUACCCCAAGAAGGACAGCCUUGUUCAGGCAGAGGAGAGCAGCACCGGCAGCCCCACCAGCCUGCUGCCGUCUGGGCCAAAGAGGACGAAGAAAAGCCCCUCAACAGUGGUGUCGUUGGCCCCCACGCCGCUGGGCCCCCGGCUGGACCAGCCCUUCGAAGACCUCCAUUCUCAGCGUGUCAUCGCCAACGUGCGGGAGCGUCAACGCACUCAGUCACUGAACGACGCCUUCGCCUCCCUACGCAAGAUCAUCCCUACGCUACCUUCGGACAAGCUGAGCAAGAUCCAGAUCCUGAAGCUGGCCUCACGCUACAUCGACUUCCUCUACCAGGUGCUGCAGAGCGACGAGAUGGACGCCAAGCUGGCCAGCUGCAACUACCUGGCCCAUGAAAGACUGAGCUACGCCUUCUCCGUCUGGAGGAUGGAGGGGGCCUGGGCCAUGUCCACCAGCCACUAGGAUCCCAUCGAACCUCUCUCCUCAACCCUCUCGUGUCCAUAUCUUCACCCCACUGCCUCUGUCUGUGUUUGCACCCAUUUCCUGACCUCUGAACCUCUGAAUUCUUCCCUUUUGGUCUGAUCUUAACCUUUUCCUCUCAAACCUUUGCACACAUUCCUGCUUGAUCUAUGUGCUCCAUAACGGUUUACUCCAUCUCUACUCCAGUAUUAACAUCCAUAGUUGGAUCAUGCAACUAAAACCUCUCUCAGUUCACCUUGUUCCCCUCCAUUGUUUCCACUUCCACUGUCUGUCCUACAGUUUUGUCCAGUGCAACAAGACGCUCCGCUGCAGCC